AUGUCUUCCUACAGCUUCUCCUCUAGUACGACAUUCUCCUCCAGCGCGACCCGCAACGGCAGGACGACCAACCAGGCCUACACCGAGGAGCAACAUUCCAACCCCCAGGGCACGACGGUGCGCUCGACCAGGCAGAACGACCCCAACGCGCCCCCCGUGCAGGAGCUGCGCUACUUCGACGCGGGCGGGCACGAGAUCCCGGCCGAGAGGGCCGCGCACAGGGGCCUGGGGGGUGCUGCCCCGCCCGGCGACGGCGGCAGGCGCAUCGAGGGUGUGAGCGACCGGGACAGUCACGAGAGAGACGUCGAUCGGUUGUAUCGUGAGCGGAUGGAGGACGAGUAUGCGAAGAGGGAGGGUGGGGCUUGA